CCCGGAGCAGAUGGUGCUCUGCUUUGCUUUGGCCGGCAGUGACAGACAGGGGCGCUCAGCCAAUAGCCUGCUGGGUAAUCAGCUGACUGGUCUGGACCGCGCCAGGUGUUUUUAUCAUUUUUCUUCUCCAUCCGUGGGAGGAGGAGCAGCAGCAGGCGGCGGCGGCGGCGACAGAGGCUGAGGAGCAGAGCGGAGGAAUAUCGGGGCGACAAACCGGUCGUCGGUGGCGGUGGGUUGCAGCAGGUUGGAGAUCUCCGUGCAGACCGCACCAUGCCUCUCCCCGGGGCGCCCUGGGACUGAUCGGAUACGCGAGCGACAAAUCGUUGUAAACAGCCUCCAGCUGAAGCCGCUAGGAUUCAGGGGACCGUGCUAUGUGCUGUCUGAUGAGCCCGUUCCGUUGGCACCGUAGCGUUCAUCUGGUUUAUUGUUGCGUGUUGACGCGUGUGUGUGGAUGAAGAACCUGCGCGCUUGGGAACAUCGGACUGGAAUGCCAACAAGAUUUUCCCGUGACUCCAAGACCCUGGUGUAAGAAUCUACUCUCUACUUUCAGCCGCUGACCGUUUCAUUUCAUGGACUGAACGACGUAAUCAGUUGAAAGUUUGGUUGAUGACUGUAACGCAACCUCAUCCAAAGUCAUCUGACCCUCCUCCUCCUGUCCCUCCUCAGCAUGGCUAGACGGAGGGUAAACUGCCUUCUUCUGGGCCAGGUGUUUGCUGGCCUGAUCCUGGUAUCAGUGGGACUAUCUUUUGUCCAGAGCAAUGAGUGCCCCCAGCUGUGCGUGUGCGAGAUCCGACCCUGGUUUACCCCCCAGUCCACCUACAGAGAAGCCAUCACUGUGGACUGCAACGACCUGCGCUUAACACGCAUACCUGGGAACCUCUCCAGUGACACUCAGGUUCUUCUCUUACAAAGCAACUACAUUGCAAGGACCAGUGAGGAGCUGGAGCAGCUCUUCAACCUGACUGAGCUGGACUUGUCCCAGAACAACUUCAGUAGCAUUCGAGAUGUUGGCCUUAACAAUAUGUCCCAGCUCACCACGCUUCAUCUGGAGGAAAACCAGAUCACGGAAAUGCCCGAUUACUGUCUGCAGGACCUCAGCAACCUGCAGGAACUCUACAUCAACCACAAUCAGAUCAACUCAAUCUCUGCCAAUGCCUUCUCUGGGCUCCUUAACCUGCUCAGGCUCCACCUCAACUCCAACAAGCUGAAGACUAUCAACGGCCAGUGGUUUGAAUCUACGCCCAAUCUAGAGAUCCUCAUGAUUGGGGAGAACCCUGUUGUUGGAAUAAUGGACUUUAAUUUCAAGCCACUGGGCAACCUGAGAAGCCUGGUUUUGGCUGGGAUGGAUUUGACAGACAUCCCUGGAAAUGCCUUAGUGGGACUUGACAAUCUUGAGAGCCUCUCUUUCUAUGACAAUAAGCUGGUCCGAGUUCCCCAGAGAGCCCUUCAGAAAUUACCAAAUCUCAAGUUUUUGGAUUUGAACAAAAACCCAGUGCACAAGAUUCAGGAGGGAGAUUUCAAGAACAUGCUGAGACUGAAGGAGCUGGGUAUAAACAACAUGGGAGAGCUGGUGUCUAUUGAUCGUUAUUCGCUGGACAACCUUCCUGAGCUCACCAAGUUGGAAGCUACAAACAACCCCAAGUUUUCUUACAUCAACCGUCAGGCUUUUCGCGAUGUUCCAGCUUUGGAGAGUCUAAUGCUGAACAACAACGCCCUAAACGCCCUCUAUCAAUCCACCGUGGAUUCUCUCCCCAACCUGCGUGAGAUCAGCAUCCAUAGCAACCCUCUACGCUGCGACUGUGUCAUCCAGUGGAUGAACUCCAACAAAACCACAGUUCGCUUUAUGGAACCUCUAUCCAUGUUCUGCGCCAUGCCGGCCGAGGUCAGGGGCAUGCACGUCCGGGAGGUGUUUCAGAAUAACUUGGCAAAUCAGUGCUUGCCCAUGAUAUCACAUGAUACCUUCCCCAGCCACCUCAACUUGGACAUUGGCAUGACCGUGGAUUUGGACUGCAGAGCCAUGUCUCAGCCGGAACCUGAGAUCUACUGGGUUACUCCGAUGGGGAGCAAGAUCAUGAUGGACACCCUCUCUGACAAGUACAGCCUCACCGGUGAGGGGACGCUGAGAAUUAAUCAAAUCCAGGUAGAAGACUCCGGCAGAUACACCUGUGUGGCUCAAAACUCAGAGGGAGCUGACACCAGGGUGACAGCCAUACGUGUGAACGGCACUCUGCUGGACAGCACACAGCUUAUGAAGAUCUACGUCAAACAGACUGAAUCCCACUCAAUCCUCGUCUCCUGGAAAAUAAACUCCAACGUAAUGACCUCUAACCUCAAGUGGUCAUCUGCAACCAUGAAAAUAGACAACCCACAUAUCACUUACACUGCCAGGGUGCCCGUGGACGUCCACGAGUACAACCUCACGCAUUUACAACCAGCAACAGAGUAUGAGGUGUGCCUGACCGUCUCCAACAUCCACCAACAAAUGCAAAAGUCGUGCGUGAACGUGACGACCAAGCAAGCGACCUUCGCCGUGGAGAUAUCCGAUCAAGGGACCAACACCGCUCUCGCGGCCGUCAUGGGAACGAUGUUUGGCUUCAUCAGUCUGGCCUCUCUGGGUGUGUACAUCGCUAAGAGGUGGAAGAGGAAAAACUAUCACCAUUCCCUGAAAAAGUACAUGCAGAAAACCUCCUCUAUCCCACUCAACGAGCUGUACCCUCCUCUCAUCAAUUUGUGGGAGGCCGACAGCGAGAAGGAGAAGGAGGGCUCCUCUGAGACCAAACCCAGCCAGGUGGACACCACACGCAGCUAUUACAUGUGGUGAAAGCAGCUCUUCAGCGGGAAAUACAGAGAUAUUUGUUUCAGGAGCACAAAUAUACAUACUUGCUUCUUUGUGUAAAAGUGAACUAAAUAUUUUCUCGUUUGUUUUCUUUGGUUCUCUCAGACUGAAAGGAACAAUGACUCGACAUUUUCAGAUCUCUAGUUUAGCAUACUGCCUUUUUACCUCCUCGCUUGUUUUGACACACAAUAUGGCAGCUUUGUUUAGCUUCCUGGACUUAGUACUCACUGUGCUUUACUUUUAGUACUCGUUUUGAUGAACACAGCAUGAGCAUUGUCACGGAUUCAGUGUGCUUGAGCAAAGGAAAAAGCUGAACUCUGAUCCGUUUUUGACAUGUUUCUCUGGCAGAACUGUUAGAGACUGCAGUCUUUCUUUCUCUCGUAAAACAGUUUCACUGUUGACUAUUGUGCACUGAAAUAUAUAUACUAAUUUGUCUAUCAACUCAAAUGUAAGCUGACAAAGUACGUUUAGACUUGAUAUACCGUCUAUUGAAUAAUGUUAGAAAUUCUUCUGUAAUGUUGUAUCAGCUAUGAUUUAAUUUACUUUUUGUACAUUAAAAUAACAGUAUGUUUGAUUUAGACUUUUAAGUUUGCAGAGCAACUACUGUAAACCAGCAAUAGAAACAUGAAUGUUAUGAACUAGGUAAAUAGAUGUAAGGCUUUUUAAAUUUCUUAAAUAUUUUCUUUCUUAUUUUGCUAGAAUACGUCUACAAUCACAGGUUCUGUUGUGGUUUACACAUACACACAUGUUGUUUAUUGAGGAGCAAGUGAAAUAAAAUCUUCUUUCCUCGUAUUUUCUAAA